AUGUCUGUUGGAGAGGAAGGAUCUCCGUUGUUCAAGAACGGAGAUGGAUUAUUUUCCACGCAUGUUCAUCUGGAGGAUUUACAAAAAGUCAUCGGUGAGCAGAUGAAUACAAAAGCUGAACUUGGACCCAACACAAAAUACACAAUUGUUGGAGAUGGUAAUGGAUUCAUGAGUCGCGUGGUUCUUGUGGACCCCGAUUGGACAGUACCAGAUGAGCAUCUUCCAAUACGAUUCGUUCUGAAAAUAACUUCUUGCAUGCACGUCUUAAAUGUUCUGGAACAAAUGAAUCUGAAAGAUAAACGAGAAUCGGCAUUGUGGUCAAUUUUUGAGUAUGAAGCUCCUGGUCUUCAUAACCGGGAAGUCAAUCUCUAUGAAAUAUUUGGAAAAUGGAACAUUGAUAGUUUGUUAUUGAGUCCUAAAGUGUACUUCUCCAAGAAGUUUGAUUCUGAAAAUCUAACAAAAGGAUUCUUUGGAAUGGAGUUUGUAGAGAAUGCAAUCACCAGGCAUCUUUACAUUAAUCUCAAACCCUAUGAACUACACGCUGUUCUCAAAGCUCUUGCCAUCUUUCAAGCGGAAGGCUUGAAAUUGAAUGAAGAAGAAAAAUUGAGUGUAACCGGGUACGAUCUAGAAAAAAUUGUUGGAAAAAUGUUCAGCGAAAGUGGACUAAAAAGUAUUUUCGAACAAGCGAGAGAAAUCAAUCCGGAAGAGCUUUCUGAGGUUGCGGACAGAGUGGAUUCGUUUGGAUUGGAACUUGUCAACUUCGAAUUAGUCAAAAAUUUGAACAAAUAUUUGGGUAAGGCUCGAACUUUUAGGAAAAAAAACUGUUUAAAAUCAUCAGGAAUUAAAAAUGAUGUUCUUGUUCAUGGCGAUUUGUGGUCUGCUAACAUUUUAUGGAACGAAGAUGUAGAUGGCACUUAUUCAGUUAAGAAAAUUAUUGAUUACCAGUCUGUGCAAUUGGGGAAUCCGGCUCAAGAUCUUAUUCGCUUAUUUACAUCGGCUCUCUCUGGAUCGGAUAGAAGAGCUUACUGGGAAAAACUUCUCGAGCAGUUUUAUGAAUACUUUCUGGAAGCACUGGAAAAUGAAAACAACGUACCAUAUACACUAGAGCAGUUAAAAGAAUCCUAUCGCUUUUAUUUUGUCACUGGAAGUCUACUCAUGUUGCCAAUGUACGGUCCUAUUGCGAAGGUAAAACUUUCGGAAAUGACAGAUCCAUCUGAAAUUGAAAAAUGUCGAGACAUCUUGACUGAAAAAGCAGAACGACUGAUGGAAGAUAUGGAACAUUGGCAUUUGUACACUAGAGACACAAUCAAGAAAUGGCAGGAAUGA